AUGGACAGAUCAUUUGUUAUCUUAACCUAUAGUAUAUCUGGUUUUGCUAAUUUUGGUGCAGUUGGACAAAUACUAGCUUUGCUCAGUACAAUGGCACUAGAUCGUAAAGCAACAUUCACAAAAACAGCAUUGAGAACAUUAAUUGCAGCAAAUAUGAUCUCACUCACGGGAGCGUGUAUAGCAGGCCUUUUAUACGAUCCAGCAAGAAAAUAA